AUGGUUGUCCUCAACUUCACCCUGACGCCCGAGGCAGCGUCUAAGGUUCACGAUCUGCUUGUUUGCCUCGGCAAGUUCAGCGAGACUGUAGCCAUUGAAGCGCGUCGCGAAAAGUUCACAUUUACCGCUCUCAACUCUUCCAAAUCCGCAUACGCCGCCAUCACAUUAGACGGUCGACAUUUCUUCGCCAGCUAUGAAUGUGUGCCGACUUAUGGCGGUCCUGACGGCCGCUUCACGUGCAGGCGUGAUGGUGCGAUCGAUCGCUGUGAAGUCAGUGUGCAAGAGCGGGAAACCGAGGCGCAAUGUCGAUUCAUCGUCAAGAUGAUCUGCAACCAGGGUGUCAUCAAGACCUACAAGCUCACAUAUGAAGCCGUGGACGUCAUGCAUGCACUGUUCGAUCGCAACGCGGCGAAAAACAGGUGGAGCAUGCACUCCGGGGCUGUGAAGGAGUACGCUGAAUAUUUUGGUACCAAGACCGAAAUGCUCGAUAUCUUUGCGAGUGAAGACGGACGCUGCGUAUUUAAGAGCUACACAGAAAAGAUCUCGAACGGGAAGGAAAUCCUGAAGCAUCCACUUGUCACAGCCGUCGCAGUCAAUACUUCCGACUUCGAGGAAUUUACUGUGCAGGCGGGUAUGCACAUCAUCAUCAACGUCAAGGAUUUCAAGGCAAUAGUCGUCCAUGCAGACACAAUCAAGACAAGCUUAAAGGCAUUUUACUCCCAGCCAGCGCGUCCACUCCAGUUCAGCUAUGGAAGCGAUGGGCUGCUCUGUGAGUUUACGCUAAUGACUUCUGGCAACCACACCGCCGCUCCAUCUGCGCCAACACCUGCGACGCACGCAAUGAGCAGCAGACAAACCUCUCGCACGACCUCAACCACAACUGCGGAGCGUGGACAGAGUCGCAGCUUCCGAUCUAAUAUGCCACCGCCUGUGCAACCAGCAUCGCGACGCGAUGCCUCUGGCCGAGUGCGGAAUCCAGGAUCUCGUCAAGUCUCGGCACUGCAAGCACAACCUGCCCGUGACGAUUCGGAAAGCCUCUUCGUACCGGAGGAUGAGGACGCAGCCUGGGCGCCGGUAGACUAUGAUAAGGAAGAGACUCUGGGAUGGGACGCGAAUGCCAACAACGAUGCUGCAGCUUUUCCAACAUUCACGGACAGUGGUGGUGUGUCGAAGACGAAUACGGCGGACAGCAAUGAAGUGUUUGAGCCUACGCAACGUGUAUCGCAGAUCAAAGGACUGUGGUAG